AUGCACCAACACUCACGGAUCAAUCUCGCCCAUCAAUGGGCAAUCGUCCUUGUCCUCUGGGCCUUGAUCAUCCCAGCAGCCCUUGCUGAGGAGAGCCAGACAACGACAAAGUCUGCCGAUGCGUCGCGACUAGGCCCAGACCAAACGAUCGUCGACAUAGUGUCCGUUAGGGAUGCUCCACCCAUCCACCAUCACGGACACCACGAGCACGAGCAUCGGAUUGUUGAGCCUCGAUCAUCUUCUUCAACCUCAUCGUCGACCUUCCCCACAGCCUUCGACACCAGCCUCUCCAACAACUUCACCACUACUACUUGCCCAACCUUUUUCAAAGACUUCCUCUCCGACGACUCCUUCACAAAUUGCUAUGCUAUCUCUACACUCCUUCGCGACUCCACAGGCUUCUUCCACACCCUUACCUCGGCCGCCGCGACGUCUCGCGUCCUAGACCUUGCCUGCGCAGCAAACGUCACUUCCUGCGCCUCCACUCUCUCCGACCUCGCAUCUAACCUGAUCGAUGACUCGAACUGCGGAAAGGAUUACGCCGACGGCAACCCGCUCGUCACAAACGCCUAUGUUGACCUCAUCACCUACGAACCCAUCUACCGCGCCACCUGUCUCCAGAACCCAGACACGUCAGACUACUGCUUCGUCGAUGCAGUCACGAAUACCUCCAACGCGGCAGACUACGACGUCUACUCUCUCCCAUACGGCAGCACAAUCAACAACGCAACGACCCUGCCCACAUGCAGCUCCUGUCUGCAGGCGACACUCGACAUCUUCAGCGAAUGGGCGCAGGUCGAAAAGCAGCCGCUCGCUGACUCGUAUCUCACAUCUGCCGAGGCGGUUAAUACAAAAUGCGGCUCGGACUUUGCAAAUGUUAACAUCACUGUUGGGGUUGAGGAUGAUUUCCCGUCUGCGGCUUCACCGCCGCUAGCCCUAUCUCUUCCGCUUUGGAUUUCUUCAUUAACGAUAGGUGUCAGUUUGGUCUUGAGCUUCUAG